AUGUCGCAGUGGCAGGCAGACCGUGACCGUAAUACUUACGGCCUUGCUUCCAACCCCCAGGAUCAACCAAACAAGCGCCCUCGCCUCGAAAACGAACCCGCUCCGGCCAUUAUCGCUGAAGGCGCCGAGCAUACCUCCAUUGCAAAACCCACCCCAGCUACAGCUCCUAUUCAUAAGAUGCCCAACUUGCAUGCUCUCUAUCACCCCUAUGGCCCUGCUCCCGAGGGCAAGGCACAACAAGUGGAGCGCGUCGAAGUUGAGGCCUUCGCGACCUUCAUCGGCGAACACUCUAACCCAACCCGCUCCUAUCUCACCCCAAUUCCGCUUCCAGCAGGCAAGUUGUCUCGGUGGCAAGCUGUACGCACCAAGAGCGCCGAUGAUCUUAUUCUCGACCGCAAGACCAAACAAAGACGCGUCGAUGUAACAACCGUAACUUUGAUCUCCGAAGCCUCCGGGAACAGCGGCAGCGCGCUCGGUAUUGAAAUGGAUGGAGGUUUGAAGAAGCCAACCUGGAAGUGCUUGACCUGGCCCCUCGACGAACUCGACGACCCCGCCGAGGACGAGGCAGCAAAUGAGGCAGAGAUCGAACACCACGGCCCCGAAAGCAACUUUUCGAUUCCCGUUCCCAUUAAUUCUCCACAAGCUCUCCGUAGCCGCCUGGCCAAGAAGUUUGUGUUCAACACCUCCGAGUUAAAGAUGAUGUUACGAUUCAUGAGAAUUCACCGCACCAGCAAGGUCACCGGCCACAAGGAAGACUUCGCUGAGCUGCUUCAACAUCUUGGUUACUCAAACAGUAAUCUCGAGGCGAAAGAGUGUAUCCAAUUGAGAACAAAGACACAAAAUAAGAUACGCAGCCUCGAAUCAUCUCUCAGAAAGUCGGGAGCUAUCGAGAGCGGGUACGAGAACGCACCUCUGCACUUUGCGGAGUGGACGAUCAUAUGGCAGAAGCCAGGCUGGGAUGGCUCGAUCUCUAAGCCCUCCCAGGCAGAUUAUAUGAAGGCUAUGAACAUUAACGCUGGAGCUGUUGGUGUUGCUGCUGGUGCGAGCGGCUCAAAACCGGGGGGUGUUUACGAUGGAAUGGAACUGUUUGUGGUCGAAGAGCCAGAGUUCUCAGAUGAGCCAGCAAUGGGCGCCAAUCAGUCUGCUGAGGAUGGAGGAUAUGUUGGAGGCUCAGGCGGCGCAGAUCCUAACAAGUGGUGUAACCGGGAACUCAUCCAAGAAACCAUCGACAGCAGCGACUGGAACUAUCGCGUCGUAGCUGCUCAAAACCUCGGUCUCAACCUCUCGGAUCAUGCCGUCCUCGCAAAUGAUCCUUUCCCAGGCUUCGAGUACUCUGGCCCCAUCGUCGAAACCCCCGUUGUGCCUGCCGCUACCCAUGCUGUCAGAGCCCCAGCUACACCCAAGAAUCUUGACCAAGUCAUCAGCCUCGAUGUCUCACCCACCGCCAGCUUGAGUGCCUCCGCCAACAAAUCUCACUCACUCGGUGAUGUCGACUCCCACUCAGACGAGGACGUCGCCCGAUAUGCCAUCUUCGCCGAGCUAGCCAGAGUCCCAGAUGAGAAUCUCUAUGAUGCGGAGUCUGACACCGAAAUUUUGGAUGACCACUCGAUGGUGGACAGCCAACAAACCUGCGGCUCGGAGAGCACGACUGAAGCCACCGCCAGCCCGCCUGCUUGUCCGACCACUCCCGUCCGCCAGGCUAGUCGCCAAAACAUCGAGCCGGCGACUCCCUUCAGCAACCGCCUGUCUGCUGCCACGCCCCACACACCUGGAAGCGCUAUCAUGGCAGUCUGGUCUCCUAAGGACGACUAG